AAUAUGUAAACGGUUCAGUCUAGAAAAUACACAUAUGUUUGUGGAAUUGUACUUUGUUGUUAAAUGUGAAUUUGACGACUUUAUUUCAAUACAUAUUAGUUAAUAUAACUUGGAAAAUAAAGUCUGAUCAAGGCAAGUUAUGAAGACUUCGGACCAUAGUUAUUUGCCCUUGACAGUAGACUUCUUCUGUCAUAGCAGACAAAAUGUAAUGGCCGCCAAUCGUACAUGGUUAUGGCAUUGAAUUGAUGCUCUCUGAUAGAUUCUGUGACGAGAUCCAGCCAGUUCUGAACACCUGCUUAUUUACUUCAAAUAUAUAAUGAAGAAAAGAGGGCUGUGGACAAAGCCCCAGUGAACAUCCAUCUGCAUGAUUUACCUCAUCGUUGGCUAUCAUGUAUUCAGAGUGGGCCCCGCUUCAACGGGAGAUUCAAUGUAACAAAGCCAACCAAAGUGUCCUACAGAAAUUCCCAGCAGCUGCUGGGAAAGAAAUAGUUUGUUCUGUUGUAAAACAUCUUGCAAAAAACUGCUCAACAUCAACAAUCGCUGUUGAUCUUGAGGAAGACAAAGAUGUAAAAUGGACAAUAGAGGUGCUUUGCUUUGGUCUCAGCCUACCAUUGACUGAGCAUGAAGCCAUUCGUGACUGUGUGAAUAUUUAUUGUGAUUGGUUGACAUCUCUGACAUCACCGCUAGAAAGUGUACCUAAACCUGUUAUUGAAAACCCCAACCUCUAUGCACGAGAAAUUAUCCAUCAUCUGCUGAACUUGUUUGUACCAAGAGUUGGAUCGAGUGUGGACCAUGUUAAACGCCAGUCAGCACAGUGUCAGCGAGUGUUGCGCAGUAUUGAAACUGUUGCUCUUGACUCAACUAUACUCACAAGAAGUACGUGGGAAACUAUGUUGAAGUUUCUUCUUGCUGCUAAUGAUAGCCUAUUAGCACCACCAGCUGAGAAAGAUGACAUUGGACUGAGCUCACCUGACAUUGCCGAACAUCUGUGUGAACGAGUCCUAAGUGUUCUUUUCGAGAUCUGGAUUUUAGCAUGUGCUCGAUGUUUUCCAUCCCCUUCCUUAUGGAAGACUUUCCGUAAUAUGUGUGUUGAUUGGCGCCAUCAUGAUGCCCUUGUCCAACAGUGGCAUCGCAUCAACCAUGCACUGUUAUCGCGUUUGCUCAAGAUCAUGUAUGGACCCAGUUAUCCUGAAUUACAAAUAUCUGAAGAAGAUUGCCAACUCAUACCUCCAGAAAUGACGAAUGACUGUAUAGCCCAAAGUUGGUUCCGUUUCUUACAUAUACUGCAGAACCCUGUCGACCUAUGCCAUCCAGAGAUUAUCAGCCAAACACCAAAAUUCAUUGAGAUGGUUUUGGCUUGUGCCAAUGUCAUUGACCCUUCUGAACAUGAAUGUUUGAAAUCUUUACCAGUUAUAUUUUUUCACUCCAUGCAUGGUAUAUCAGUUAUGGUCAAUGCCUUCCUUGGUAUUCCCCAGUGUACUAAGGAUUUAGCUACAACUACAUCUAAUACUCGAACUUCCAGCACAGCAUGUACUCCACCUGGUCAACGGAAACCACCCAUGAGACCUUUCUCUGCUGUCACAGCACCACUCACACAAAAAACUUCCUCCAAGUCUUCAUCAACAUCAUCUAAUUUAUGCAAAAUGGCUUCAUCGCUAACACCUUCAAUAGGCACAGGUCAACUCCUGUUGGACUGCAGUCUCACAAUGGCACCUAACCGUCCUCAAUGUAAUAGUAUUUUGAAUCUUUUUGGUGCCUGGCUUUUUGAAGCAGCUUUGGCUGGAGUUAUGUUGCAUUCAUGUCACAGUGAAACAGCCCAGAAACAAGAUAGACGGACCAAUUCUUUGAGUGAAAGUCGACAUAGCUCUUUAGCUGUGGACUACUGUUCAGAUAAGAACCGCAUUGCUGACAACACUUACGAAUGUGGACGGGCUGAAGCUUGUGGAACACUCUGCCGGAUAUUCUGUGCUCAUCGUACUGGUGAAGAAAUUCUACCAGUGUAUUAUGCUCGGUUCUACAUUACUAUGUAUUAUGGACUACAGACAGAUGAUAGCAUGAGUAACGAAGUGCUAUCAAGUAUCUUGUUUAAUUCUUGUGACCUCUUGCGAGUAGAUUUGGCAGGAGCUCAGAUUCUUGUUCCUGAUAUCCUAAAUGCUCUUGAAUUAGUUCUCAGUGAUUCUUCACAAAAAUUCAAACCUCGGGAAACGAUACCACUCGUUGAUCUUCGCAAAGCAUGUUUCCAUCUCUUGUUAUCAAUGUUAUGCUUACCACUUCACUUCAGGGAUCUUGAAAUCAAAGACAUAUUAUCUAGUCCUGAAAAUGGUGAUCGAAAAAUAUCAUUUAUUUCUCUUAAAUUCAAAAUAACUGAACUAUUACUUCGAGCAUUGCGCCAGGAAACAGAUGCGUCAAACACACAGAUGUUAUUAGGUGGUUUAAUGUUAUUGGUGCAGGACCUAGCACUGUGUGAGGAGGCUGAGUUCCAUUCUGUUCAGCCACAACACGAUAUCUGCUUGAAUGAUUCUGAUGUGUCUUCAGAUUUCUCUAAGAGUAGCAGCUUAUCUGGAGAGACAUCAGUUUUAGAGGGCUUUCAAAAGAUUCCUCCAGUGCAAAUGAAUGGCUUUGAGGAUUGCCAUGGCAGCAGAAACUUGCAUGGAACAAAGCUUUCCUCCAGUUCGGGAUCUUUCAUGUUCACAAAUAUCAGAUUUUGUGACACAGACACUGCUCACAGCUUGUUUGGUCAAGCCACUUCUUUAGUAUGUCACCAAUUAAUGUCUUCUUGGAAGACUGAUCUGAACACAGCACUGGCAGCAAUGGAACUUUUAUCAGGUCUUGCUAAAGUUCGAGUGAAACCACCCAAUGAAGGAAUGAGCAAGCGAACAGUGAAGUGGAUAUGUGAUUUUAUUAUGUAUCAGUGUAGCCGACCACCAACAGCACAUUCAAGAGACCUUCACUCUAGAAUUGUUGCAGCUUUCAAGUGCCUGAAGCUGUGGCUUGUUGAGCAUAGUAGCCUGCUGUAUGAUAAAGAAUGUCUACAUAAUGUCCUCGAAGUUGUGGAGCUUGGUAUUUCUGGUUCUAAAUCUCAGGAUAAAGAGGAUGACUCACAGACAGUAAAAAGUAAAGUAGAGAAGGAGUCCAAAUCUUCUUCGGCACUGAAGCAUCGAGCAACAGAUGAACCAAAAUACAAAGGAGAGAAACAGCUGAAGCCUAAAUCCAUGAGAGUUAAAGAUGCUGCUGAAGAAGUCCUUACGUGUAUUAUUGACCAAGUGGGAGCAUUUCCACCUCCAUGUGGCCCAGAAUCCUUGUUCUCUUUACUUGAUGAGCAGUCUCUUCUUAAAUAUGCUAAAAAUACUUCCUCACAUGACCAAGGUUCACCAUUCCGUUACUUUGUGCUUGAAAACUCAAUAAUUCUUGCACUCUUAGAACAGCCACUUGGAAACUUAGAAGAUCCAUUACCUACAGUAACAGCCCUCAUCCGUGGUCCUUUUGGACGACAUGCCUGGACUAUGCAACUUCGACACCAGCCACGCAAAGUAAUUAACAACUCCAAAGCUAAUGUUUCUCAGGUUCAACGACCGUUUCCCAUGGAGAAUGUUGGCUUUAAACACAAUGUAAAGCAUCGAUAUUUUCCUGAGAUUGUAGAAACAAUUCCUGCAACAAAAUUAGAAUUCAGCAUUCCAACUAUGGAGUCUAUUGUAACAGAGAAGACUUCAUCUGAACUUGAAGUUCUUCGACAGAUAAUAGACACACAAGUAGCUUUUGAAAAUAAUAUUGCUGAACAGGUCACUGAGAAGAGAAAACGUAACUGUCAUCAAGUUAACUCCGACACAGAAUGCAAACCACCCAAAAUUCGAAAUGAGUUUCAGACAGCACGGUUAUUUCUUUCACAUUAUGGGUUCCUUUCUCUGGAAGCACUGAGGGAAUCAAGUAACAGCAGCGUUCCUCCACCCUUGGUAAUUUUAGACAGUACAAACAGUGCCUUGUUCUCAGAUCUUGAAACAUUAGAUGGAAUUCCAAGCCGUGAUAGUGAUACUGUGCAUGUGUUUUACAUGAAGUCUGGCCAGAAAACUCCUGAAGAAAUUGUACAAAAUGUGAACUCUGUUGACAGUGUACAGCCUCAGUUUCUAGAAUUUUUACAGUCCCUUGGUUGGCCUGUGUUUGUACGGAAACAUGCUGGCUGGACAGGUAAUUUAUCGACCAGCUGGAAAGUUAUUCAUGAAGAAGAUGUUAAUGAAGAUGAAAUUCCUUCCAAUACGGGUGGCAGUAUUUAUGAUGGUCGGCAACAAAUCCUUUACUGGGCAGAUGUCUCUUCUGAAGUAGCAUUUGUAGUUCCUUCAACAGAUACAAUACACAAUGGAUCAACCACAGGAGUGAAUGAACAAGAUGCUGUUCUCAACGGAACUGAUCUCAAUUUGACCAAACCAAAGUCUCUUAUCUUGUUGGCAGACAAAAAUGGUAAAGAAAAAGAGAGUCCUGGUUCACCUCCAGAAGUUCCAAUAAUGAGAGGCAAAAAAUAUGGUCGUCAUUCAUCUUUGGCCGUUGGGCCAGACACACGGGUGUUUGUAGUAUGGUUAGAAAGCUUUGAAGACUGUGAUAAUUUUCCUUCCAAUGACUUACUAAGUUACACCAACACAGGAAUGGAGCAGUAUAGCUACAAUUCCAGUGCAUCAACAACUCAGAGAAACCAAGAGAUAUAUAUUAUAUUUAUUCAUGCGUUACAAAAUGGUUUAUUCCGAGUGCGAAUGCAAGGGCCAACUAAACGAGUUGCCAUGGCAAUACCUCUUGUUGAUGGAAUGGUAGUAAGUCGACGAUCUUUAGGAACUCUUGUUAGACAAACAGCCAUAAACAUAUGCCGGCGGAACAGAUUGGAAAGUGAAUCUUACCAGCCACCUCAUGUACGUAGGAAAGUUAAGAUUCAGGAGAUAGUUAAUAAACACCGGAGCAAAAUGACUGUUCCAGAAUUCUAUGCAGCAUUAUUCCAGAACGUAGCCAAAUGAAUACAAAGUCCAGAGCUGUUACGUUUGUGUGUAUAUAUAUAAUAUAUGUAUUGUAUGAUAUUUGUAUGCAUGUAUGUAUGAAUGAAUAAACAAGUAUAUAUAUAUAUAUAUAUAUACACAUAUAUAUAUAUAUAUGUGUGUGUGAAAGAAAUAUAAAGACAAACAGCUGUCGAUCAAGAAGAAAGUAUUGCAGUAUUGGCAGCAAUGAUUAAUAUUACUAUGAGUAUUUGUCAGAAUAAGUAUUAAUGGGUUUGGUAAAUUGAUUCCUAAAUUUCUUUCAUAAUGGAGAGAUCCGUACCAUGGAGAUCCAGUCCUAUUCACUGAACACUAAACCUCCUCUCCACCUGAGGAUAAAACCACACUUCAAGGAGGGCUAUUAUUUUACAGAGAUAUUUUCUUGGCCAGUAUUUUCAAAGUACGUUCAUGUUUGUAUAUAUAUAUACAUAUACAUAUGUAUAUAUAUAUAAUUUGCCACCAGAGACAAUAUUGUCAAACAAUUUCAGGUAUUUAAAGCUGGCCGGAAACUAUGUAUUAGUUAUAGAAUGAUUUAAAGAUUGUAUUACUAAUACUUUGUUACAAAAACAUCAUUACCCCAACAAAAAUUACAGGGUUAAGAUUAAGAUGGAAAAUAUAUCAUAUUACUGAUAUUUUUCAUUUAAUUUUUUUCUUACUCUUUUAUCCUCUUUCUUAAAUGUCCUGUUACUUUCCUCAGCACAUUGUUACUAGUCUUUAAUUAAUGUAGGUUUUACCACAUAUUUUUCUCAGCUUUUUCUUUUUUUUUUUCACUGAAAAAAGAGAAAAAAAAUACCUUUCUUCCUACUUUCAU